CAAAAUGGACCUCUUUCUCUCUCUACCCACAAUUUUCCUUCUAAUCUUCAUUUGUUUUCCAAUGGGCCGGCCCUUCACCGUCAUAAUGUCAGAUUCCUCAGCUUUAGUUGACACUCCACAAACUGGGUUUUCCGCAAAUAGUAACGGAGCUAGGACGGAUUCCCGAGAACAAGAAGCGGUCUAUGACAUCAUGAGAGCUACUGGGAACUCGUGGGCUACUGAUAUCCCUGAUGUCUGUCGAGGCCGGUGGCACGGCAUAGAGUGCAUGCCCGACAAGGACAAUGUCUUCCAUGUUGUGUCACUCUCGUUCGGAGCGUUAUCCGAUGACACUGCUUUCCCAACUUGUGACCCGACCCAAUCCAUCAUCUCACCUUCCAUCACAAAACUCCCACACAUUCGAACCUUGUUUUUUUACCGUUGUUUUAGUGACAAUCCUCAGCCAAUUCCGAACUUUUUGGGCCAGUUAGGUCCCACUCUACAAACUCUUGUCCUUAGGGAGAAUGGGCAUGUUGGGCCCAUCCCUAACGAACUGGGUAAUCUGACCCGUUUAAAGGUUCUUGAUCUUCACAAAAACAAUCUUAACAGUUCAAUACCGGUUUCACUGGGCCGGCUCACUGGUCUAAGGUCGUUGGAUUUGAGCGGCAACAAACUAACCGGUUCAAUUCCUGCUCUGUCCUUCCCUGUUUUGAAUGUUUUAGACCUAAACCAAAAUCACCUUCUGGGUUCAAUCCCAUCAACCCUUGGAAGCUUCCAGAACCUCAUCAAACUAGAUCUAAGCCGAAACCGUCUCUCCGGUCCAAUUCCCAAUUCCAUCGAUGGCCUGAAAAACCUUAUUCUUCUCGAUUUAAGCUAUAACUGUCUCUCCGGUCCACUUCCAAUAUCGCUAAAAACCAUGAAUUCUCUCCAAGCUUUGGUUCUCAAAGGCAAUCCAAUGGACUCUACAACAAUUCCAAAUGAUGGGUUUGAUGGGUUGAAGGAUUUAAUGAUCUUAGCCCUCUCUGACAUGAAUUUGAAUGGAAAAAUACCCGAUUCACUAGGCCGGUUAACCAAUCUUCGUGUUCUUCAUCUUGAUGGAAAUCACUUGAACGGUUCAAUUCCGGCUAGUUUUCGAGACUUAAACAAUCUCAGUGAGCUGAGACUCAACAAUAAUUGGCUAACAGGGCUGGUUCCGUUUCGGAGAGAGAUGGUUUGGAGGAUGAGAAGAAAAUUGAGGCUUUACAACAAUUCAGGGCUAUGCUAUGAUGUAAAUGACGGCUUCGCAGACAGUUUUGAUUCGUCGUUUGAUUUGGGUAUCGGGUAUUGCGAAACACCGAAACCGGGAUCAGCAAGAACUGUGCAGCAUCUUUCUGCUAGUAUUGAAGACAUGGAUAGAUCAUUGAACAAAUCAUCUUCUGUAAUUCACAAAGUUUCAUUGCUUGAGUUAGUUACAAUUUUGUUGUUUGUUCUGUUUUUGUUGUAGGAGUGAGAAACAGAGCAUGUAGUGAAUAGGUAUGACUUUUGUGAAGGUUUGUAUAGUUAAAGUGUAGUAUAGUAUGGUAUUAUAACUAAGUGAUCAGUUUUGGUUAGGCUGAAUUUCUGCGAAUUUUCUAAAUCUUUCUUAACCCAGAAAAUUAUGAUUCUCUAGGUAUUAUUACAAUUGGGAACAGGGGAUGCUCUGUUCUGGUUUGAGAAUAAGAAAUAAUCAGAAAGUUUAAUUUUACUUUCA